AUGUUAUUCAGUAAUAUUACAGUUUGCCUCCAUGUUAUUCAGUACAGUACCCUCCAUGUUAUUCAGUACAGUACCCUCCAUGUUAUUCAGUACAGUAUCCUCCAUGUUAUUCAGUACAGUACCCUCCAUGUUAUUCAGUACAGUACCCUCCAUGUUAUUCAGUACAGUCUCCAUGUUAUUCAGUACAGUACCCUCCAUGUUAUUCAGUACAGUACCCUCCAUGUUAUUCAGUACAGUACCCUCCAUGUUAUUCAGUACAGUAUCCUCCAUGUUAUUCAGUACAGUAUCCAUGUUAUUCAGUACAGUACCCUCCAUGUUAUUCAGUACAGUAUCCAUGUUAUUCAGUACAGUAUCCAUGUUAUUCAGUACAGUACCCUCCAUGUUAUUCAGUACAGUAUCCAUGUUAUUCAGUACAGUACCCUCCAUGUUAUUCAGUACAGUACCCUCCAUGUUAUUCAGUACAGUAUCCUCCAUGUUAUUCAGUACAGUACCCUCCAUGUUAUUCAGUACAGUACCCUCCAUGUUAUUCAGUACAGUACCCUCCAUGUUAUUCAGUACAGUAUCCUCCAUGUUAUUCAGUACAGUAUCCUCCAUGUUAUUCAGUACAGUACCCUCCAUGUUAUUCAGUACAGUACCCUCCAUGUUAUUCAGUACAGUACCCUCCAUGUUAUUCAGUAUCCUCCAGUACCCUCCAUGUUAUUCAACAGUACCCUCCAUGUUAUUCAGUACAGUACCCUCCAUGUUAUUCAGUACAGUACCCUCCAUGUUAUUCAGUACAGUACCCUCCAUGUUAUUCAGUACAGUACCCUCCAUGUUAUUCAGUACAGUACCCUCCAUGUUAUUCAGUACAGUACCCUCCAUGUUAUUCAGUACAGUACAGUCCUCCAUGUUAUUCAGUACAGUACCCUCCAUGUUAUUCAGUACAGUACCCUCCAUGUUAUUCAGUACAGUACCCUCCAUGUUAUUCAGUACAGUACCCUCCAUGUUAUUCAGUACAGUACCCUCCAUGUUAUUCAGUACAGUACCCUCCAUGUUAUUCAGUACAGUACCCUCCAUGUUAUUCAGUACAGUAUCCAUGUUAUUCAGUACAGUACCCUCCAUGUUAUUCAGUACAGUACCCUCCAUGUUAUUCAGUACAGUACCCUCCAUGUUAUUCAGUACAGUACCCUCCAUGUUAUUCAGUACAGUACCCUCCAUGUUAUUCAGUACAGUACCCUCCAUGUUAUUCAGUACAGUAUCCAUGUUAUUCAGUACAGUAUCCAUGUUAUUCAGUACAGUACCCUCCAUGUUAUUCAGUACAGUACCCUCCAUGUUAUUCAGUACAGUAUCCAUGUUAUUCAGUACAGUACCCUCCAUGUUAUUCAGUACAGUACCCUCCAUGUUAUUCAGUACAGUACCCUCCAU